UAUGUUGCAGCAGUAUCGUCCACGUUCGCUUACAGGUACGAUCCUUGGUAUCGCGCAGAUACGUUACGUCCGGUCGAUGCGAUCACCGACACUGUGAACGAUCUCGGAAUGAAGAUCUUGCAGCAAUACACGGCACAUGGAAAUGUGGCGUUCUCGCCUACGGGGGUUGCUUUCGUGCUAGCAGCUCUCUAUGAGGGAUCCGCGGGUCGAGGGAAUAAACAGAUUGCCAAGGCUAUGAAUCUACCGCUAAAUCGGGAUAUUACUAGGAUUGGUUUCAGGGAUAUUCAUCGACGAUUAAGAAGCUACCUUAAUGCCGAUGGUUUCUUGGGCGGGCUAACAUUGAGCAGAGAGAACACCAAACUUCGUUCUGAAUAUGAAGAUAUUUUGCGAUUCUACGGUUUUGACCUGUCAAGUAUGGAACAGGAAGCGAGCGUUACCAUCAGCAUGGAAAAUUCAAGUACAACCGAACUUUCUACGAUCGAUUUAACUUCGCCCCUAAUAGAAACGAUAAGAAAGAUCGGGAACGUACGAAAUGCAACUACGAUGUCAAUGGAUACGAUUACUUCCAUCACGAUACUUUCUUCGAGCGUGGAAGCAACAACCAUUCCAUCGACCGCAACGAGCACUACUCAGCAAAUUGUCGCGAUAUCUACAGAUACCAAUGCACAGACAAUAUCGACUUCAGUUACAGUUACAGACUCCCCGGCAAUUAUCCAAAACACCUUGGCGACGCAAUCGACGGAUUCUUUAACCGUGGUUACUUCCGGUGAAAGUGUCCAGUCAUCCGCUGGUGCGGAAAACAUGAUGAGUUUAUCGCGUACGAUUAAUCCGGCAAUGAGUACCGGGUUAGCUUCAACGGCAUCUACAGACAGUGAAACAAGUUCGAGUACGAUAACUAUGAUUGUUCUCGCGAACGAUCAAAGUUUACAAAUGACUUCGAUAGUCACGGACAACAUAAGUGAUACUGGAACGACCGGAAGUGUUGCGAUAUCUAUGAGUACCGACACGCAAACAAUAUUAACUCCCACUGCAAGUUCUGUAGCAGUUACCCAAAAUACGACGACGCAAUCAACGAAUUCCUUAACAGCGGUUACCUCCAGUGAAAGUAUCCAGCCGUCACUAUCCGCUGGUGCGGAAAGUAUGGGUGCAAGUGUGACAAUGGCAGUUUUAAUCAAUGGUAGUGAUGCAACUACAUCGAUGGGAGUCGAUAACGAGAUAUCUUCAGUUUUCACUGCGAAUACCCAAGUACCAAUGACGACAAAUGUGCCAAGUCCAGAUUUGUCGACCAUGAUCGCUGAUACGAGUACGGAAGCACUGGCAGCGGCAGCCACAACUGUCAACAUGAUGUUGGUUAACAUGUCUGCUACCAAUAAGUUCAAUACGAUAACAUCGACGACUUUAAAUAGUGCGAACGUUACUGCAACUGGGAUAUCAACGACACUACUAGCGGAUACUACAGAAAUGACUAUGUUAGAAGACUUUAUAACGAUGCCACUUGCUGCUAAUGCUGCCAAUGUUAAUGCUACUGUAAUGGUUUCUCUUACAGACGAGACGACGAUGGUACCGUCUGUUGAAGAAAUCAACUUUACCUCAAGCAAUUUCGUUGAAAACUCAAACAAUUCUGCAAUCGCAAAUUCUACAAUGAAUUCUACAUUAGUGGAUGUUAAUCAAAUACCAAUAGAUCAAAGUAAUGUUUCACCAAAUCGUAAAAAAAGGACAGCUGGAACCAAACCUACUGAAUCAGGUUCAAACUUGAAUGGUAUUAUGAGUGCUAUUACAAAUGGGAUAAUACAUGGACUAAAUAAUCCAAAUGGAUCGAAUCUUCGUAAACGCAGAGCCAGAAGUUCGCAUGGAUAUUUUUCCAAUUAUCCAGACGAAGGUAUCUGGAUGCAGAAUUUGAAAAUUUGGAAAUCAUACGGCACAAAAUCGAGCGAAUCUUCUACGGGAGAUACUACAGCGGAAAUAUCAUUUUUAGUGAAUGGUUGUGACGUUUCUUCCGUAUCAGCAUCAAGAUAUAUAGCUGUUUUGCCAUUUGCAUAUUUUCCGUCACUGCACGCUGUCGCGCUUGAAUUUCCAUUAGACGAUCCCCGAUACAACAUUAUACUUCUCAUGCCUACGGAUAAAACGGACGUCCAUCAUUUGGCAAGAGAUCUCAACGGAAAGUCAUUAAGAUUGUUGAGAAAGCGAUUACAAUCUACUUGGGUCAAGGCCACGAUACCUUCGUUCAUGUUGCGUGGUUUCGUCACAUUGACGUCAUUUCUGCAAAGAUUGGGAAUCCUGGAUGUAUUUGACCCGAACACGGCUGAUUUAUCGCCUAUGACAUCCGAUCUAGGUGUAUAUGCCAGGGAUAUACAGCAAAGUAUAGGGAUUAAUAUAAGAAAUUAUAUGAAACCCGACCGAACCCAUUCUCGUGAGUCGUCUAAUAUCGUUCCACCUCGAAGGGACUAUUAUCAAUAUCUAUUUCCAGGUAAUGGUCUAUUCGAGAGAGCGGAACCCGUACCUUUCACGGCCUUGCAUCCUUUCCUUUAUUUCAUUAUAGAUACUGAAACUUCAGUGAGCCUAAUAGCCGGUCGAAUAGAUGAUCCACUCAAUUCAAGAAUACUAUAGGGAUAAUAUAUCAUAACUCAAGGACACUAAAAGUUUAAAUAAACACUCUCAUUUAUUUGGCGAUACUUAUAUAUAAAUACUUAUGUAGUUCUACAUCUUAUAAUGUAGACUUCUCUCCUUCUUUCACACAAAAUAUUAUUAUUUUACCAAAUACACGCAAUUAACAUUGUAUUCUGUACAAAUCUCUAUUUGUAAAUAAAGAAUAUAAAAAUAGGAAAGAAGUAUAAUAUGAAAUAUGCAAAAUUGAGCAUUUGGAAGAAUGUUACGUCAUCUCGUGCGCCAUUAACUAAAGAGCAAAUUUCAUUAUUAUUUCAAAUCGCUUAGAAUUCCAUUAAUUUCUUUUAUUGAAUUUUACAUGAAUUUAUCGUGUUUGGGUCAUACGAUCAUGCUAAUACUAGUAUAUAUAAUUUGAUUUAACAAUUUGUUUUACAUUAAUAAUGAUUCUAACAAAAUGAUAAUUAUCGUAAAAUGUAUUAUAUUAUUUCACAAUUUCUCCUAUUGCUUUUAUUUGCAGUUACGUUAUGACGUUCUCAAAGUAACAAGAAAUAAUAAAAUAACGGCGUACCGAUGACAACGUACUUCGAUCUAUUAAUUCUAUUUCUUCAAUAACUUCAUUACAACUUGUCAGACUUUCUUCGAUUACUCAAUUGAUUAAUCUAUUAAUGUUAAUCUAAGAAAUAUAUUAUUUCCUUACUUGGAUUUAUGUAUAAAUACAGUUGAAUAUGCUGCUAUACAAUAAUGCACGAGAUGUAAAGAUGUUUUGUAUACAUGAAUAUACCCAUAUUCAUUCGAUGAGUCAGCAUUCGAUGAUAGUGUGUGAAUUCCAUUUCUUUGUUUCAGUGCAAAAUAUACGCUUUUGUACAUGUAUAGCAUACACAUAUACAUAUCCCGUAAUAUUAUCUCGUGAGUGGCAGUGUGAAUGUAAAUAAAUAGAUGCAAAUGAUAUAUA